ACACCACUCCAAAUUGCUUCCAUCUCUGCUUCACAAAAACGAAACGUUUCCUGUUGGUAUUGAAUUGGUAGAACCAGAAACGUUCUAGUUCGGUACGUUGUUUUGAAAUACAAAAAGUGAACAGCGAAACGUUUCGAUAGCACAAGAAAAAAAGACAAAAAAAAAAAACGCUUUGAAUGAUGUUCUCAAAUCUCAGCGCCAGCAAAGAACAUGUCAAGCAUACCCACUUCUCUCUCUGAGGUCUGUCUCACUCUCUUCCGCCCGGUCAUGUCGCCCGGCCCCUGGCCAUUUUUCUAGACCCCAAACACAAAUUUUCCCACUUCCCAAACACCCGAUCAAAUUAACCCGGUUGAAUCCGGUCCGAUCCGAAGCAACAAAUCCCAACCCAUGAAAAGGAUCCGAGGAAUCAGGCUCAGGCAUCGGGUCACCACACUUUUCCGGUACGUUUUCCGGCGGAACCGGACACGGCCCCGGACCUUUUCAGGGUACCAGCGACUCGACCCAUCAACAUGCAAGACCAAACGCAUCUCCAGGCUAUUCAGCUGCCUGAAGAAAAAGGCAAAGUCUCUCUGUUGUUCGAAUCGGAGUGGGGUUCCGGGUCGAGCUUACUCUCUAUGGGAAGAAGACAAAGCGGUGGAGGUGGUGCCGAAGGGGCAGAUGGCGGUGUAUGUGGGUCAGAAAGACGGCGGAGAUUUCCACAGGGUUUUGGUUCCGGUGAUGUAUUUCAACCACCCGUUGUUUGGGAAGCUGUUAAGGGAGGCGGAGGAGGAAUACGGGUUUGAUCACCCGGGUGGGAUUACCAUCCCUUGUCGGAUCUCCGAGUUUGAGAGCGUCCAGACCCGGAUCGCUGCCGGCCGUGGCCGCCGGAAAUUGAUGACGAGGAAGAUGGGUUUUUGAGAGGUUAACAGUUGAUGAUUUUAGUAUUGUGAUGAUGACGACAACGAUAAUUUUCCAUCAUGAUUGGUGGUGGUGAUUAAAAAAAUAAUAAGGUUUUUUUUAUUUUUAGUUUAUUUUUUUGGGUUUUUGUAGUAUUGAUUCUUGCCCAACAUAUAUAUGGGCUUAAUUCAGGGUGUAUUAGAAUUUUUUCCCCCAGUGUAUUAGAUUAAUAGUUGUAAAUUUAAAGAGAUUUUUUUUCCCGUCUCUACA